CCUGCUGUAUACCGUUUUAUUCAUAGAAGGUAACUCUCUCCGUGUCAUGUCCGUUUUCAUUGCCACAAAUCCGACAAGUCUUCCCUGGACUCGUUAACCUUGUUUUAUUUAACGUAGAGUUUGUUGACAGCUGUCGGAAUAAGUCGGGGCGCAAUUAUUGCACGAUGAGAAUUUGAAAACUUUAUCUAAUCUCUGUCUUGCUGUUGAUGUAUAUCUCUCCUGGGUGCAAUCGGGUAGAGGACUAAGUAGUGCGCGUAGCCUUUCUUCCGUAUAUCCUUGAGAACCUCAAAUUUGUGAAGGAUGACAAUGGGCGAUGAGACCCCAGUUACAUCACUCGUCCUUCCCGUAAUAUUACGUCCGAUAUUAUCGAAGCUGGAACGGCAAAAUGUAAGCGCUGCACAGACUUUACGUGCGGCUCUCUCAAAGGCAGAGAGUUCACACCCUGGAAUUACGCAUGAUCUCGUCUUGGGGAUUGUGCGCCGAGCUGAUCUCAACCUCAAUAUGAAUGAAAGCAUUCUACGACUACAAGGGGUUGCUUCUGACAUUGAUGUAGUUGAGUAUCGCUUAGCUCGGUCAGAGGAUGCCUUCCAAGAAUUAAACCGGAAGUCUGCUUCGCUGAAGAAAAUUUUGAGUAGGAUCCCUGAUGAAAUAACUGAUCGGAAAACAUUUCUCGAAACGAUUAAAGAGAUUGCUAGCGCAAUCAAGAAGCUCCUGGAUGCUGUAAAUGAGGUUGCUGGGUUCAUACCAGGAUCAGCAGGAAAGCAGGCUUUGGAACAGCGCAAACGAGAGUUUGUAAAGUACAGUAAAAGAUUCAGCAACACAUUAAAAGAAUAUUUCAAGGAAGGGCAUUUUCGACAUUCUUUUCAGAGCAAACGCAGUCUUUGUGAGUGCGCUCUACUUGAUUCAUCAGACGAAUAUGAUAAUGGUUACAGUCAAGAAUAAGUGCGAAUGAAUUAGUGCAAAGAAGAAUGGCAGAUUUUCUUGGGAAAAAUGUUAUUGAUUAAUGUAAUACUGAGAUAAGCAGAAAAUCGAUGGGGCAAAGCAGUUUCUUGCAAAUUCGUGACUAAUGUUACGUAGUGCCCAACUGCACCGUGUUGUUGACUAAUCAAAUAUUGUAUACACCCACCUAUGUUACCUGUCUGAAUUACUGUCCCAUUCCCCUUUAUCAUAGAUUUAAAUAAAAAUAAACUAGUUUAACAGGGUGAAA